AUGGGUGCCCUCCUUGGUUUGGUCCUGUGUCUCUCUUUACCCUGUUUGUUCAGUCAAUCAGUGACACAGAAACCUUUAAAUGUUUCUAAGAACGAGUGUGAGUCCCUCACCAUCACCUGUGUUUUUAAUGAAUAUCAUUGGCAUUACACUUAUCGUUUUGAGAGUGGAACAUUCUUCAAACAAACGCAGACAGCCACAGAAUGGGAGCGGAUCUCCAGCGGCGGGAGAUUUGUUCUGUCCACGGAUAAAGCUCAAAAGACAUUUUCGUUGAAAAUUCAGGAUGCCAGAGUUGAAGACACCGCCACCUAUUACUGUAAAGCUCGAUACUGGUGCGAUGCACACAGUGACAGGCCUCGGCUUCCCGUCGCUCAAAAACUCUCGCAGGAGCAUGUCGAUGGACCCGGGACAAUGGUGACUGUCACACCUGAUUCCAGUCCCCCUGUGUCUCAGAGACAACUUGUGCAAACUUCUCCUGCUGGUGACAACGUUACUCUAAGUUGUAAGUAUUCAGGAUCCUGUCAGUACACAGUUUACUGGUACAGUCAGUCCCCAGGACAGGCUCCAAAAUAUCUCCUUCAGAGAGACACUACAGGAGAGGCGAAGAAAGAAAAUGCUGCUGGACUACGAAUUUCUGAAUCUCUUGAUCCUCGGGCAAAAAUCAGUCGAUUAAUGAUCUCUCAAAUACAACUAAGUGAUUCUACUGUUUAUUACUGUGCAAGGAGUCGGCAGUCAGCACGCACAUUGACUCAGGCGGCCAUCGUGCGAGGUGACGAUCUUGUGGUAUGUGGAAUGGACUUUAAGUCCACAGGGCCAGAUCGAUGCCAGGAGACUUUUGACGAUUUAGCAGUUAUGUUAAAAAACGCACCAGUUUUAGCGACACCAAACGUUUCGAAACCGUUCAAAGUGUCCAUCGAUGCUCGUGACAUCAGAGUUCGAACUGUGCUGCUGCAGGAAGAUGAUGAUUGGCAAUUUUCAAAGAAACUCAACGUCUACCAGAGAAAAUACCUACGAUCGAAAAAGAACGACUGA